GACAUCGAUGAUCCCAGUGAAGCAUGUGGAGACGAUCACACCUGUAUCAACAGACUAAUGUUCAUGGAGUGCAUGGUUGACGAUUGUCCAUGUGGCCGGUUCUGUCGUAAUCGCAGAUUUCAACUACGUCAAUACGCAAGGGUGGAUGUUAUACAGACGGAAAAAAAGGGCUUUGGACUACGAGCUUUGACAGAUCUACCAACAAAUGCAUUCAUUAUGGAGUAUAUUGGGGAGGUUAUCCCAAACAUUGAAUUUAUCAGACGAACCAAAGACUAUGAAGAGGAAGGUCUAGAGCAUUACUAC